AUGGAUUCAUUUCCUGAAGUGGAGAUUUCAAACUCUGAGAACAACAGUAUCAACACUAUUGGGAAUACUUCUGUAGCAGGCACCUCAUCGUCAUCGUCUCCAACAACAUUAAGCCGGUACGAGAACCAAAAGCGCCGGGACUGGAACACUUUUGGACAGUACCUGAAGAACCACAGGCCGCCACUCACUCUCUCCCGGUGCAGUGGUGCUCAUGUUCUUGAAUUUCUUCGAUAUCUCGACCAAUUUGGAAAGACCAAAGUCCACACCCCAAUCUGCCCCUUCUAUGGUAUCCCUAACCCACCUGCACCAUGUCCCUGCCCCCUUCGACAGGCUUGGGGAAGCCUCGACGCCCUCAUCGGUCGACUCCGAGCAGCCUAUGAAGAAAAUGGAGGAAAGUCGGAGCUAAAUCCUUUUGGGGCUCGAGCUGUGAGGCUGUAUCUUCGGGAAGUGCGUGAUUUACAGUCAAAAGCUAGGGGAAUUAGCUAUGAGAAGAAAAAGAGGAAGCGCCUUCCGCCGCAGCCGCAACAGUUGACUGCAGCACCACCACAACCACCACCAGGUGAAGGAUAA